GCCCAAAGUGUCUCUCCCUCAUCAUCCUUACCUUACCAGAAUCUUGAUACUUACACUGACAAAGUUCGUCAGUAGAUUACCCCUUCUACUCAUUUGUCUUCCAUGAUGACCCUCUGUUUACGCAAAAUAAUAUGCCUGCAUCGUGCGGAAUUUCAAAUCUGCCCACGUCCACUCUUACAGCAGUUAUCCCGCCCGAUUCCCUUACCCGGCGUCCAUGAUGGAAGCUCUGGAAGCGGUUAUCCGAACCAUCCAUAUAAAAGGCCCUUAGUGAGCGUUGUGGUUCCCUGGCCACCAGAACCAAUUUGGCAGUUGGUAAGUUCUCCACAUCAACUCCUCCACUGAAGUAAACACCAUAACUCGUGUUUAGCAAAUCUUUCCUUGCUCCUCCAAUUUUUUUACUCUGCAUCUCUUCACGAUUUUCUUCUUCUCUAAAAACUUUCACUCUCAUUUGCCUUAGUUUGACUGAAUGCUACAAGAUGGAAUUCACAUCCAUAGCCGACCUCACCACAGGCUCAACAAACUGCAGGCUUCAAUGUCGUGUUUCCCGUCUGUGGGUUGCUGUAAAUAUCAACACAGAUAUGGUUUCCCAUUUGGAUAUGAUCCUCGUGGAUUCAAAGGGAAAUGACAUAUGGGUGCAAAUCCCUCCUCUGCUGAUGGACACCUUCCAACCUCUGCUGAGGGAUCAAGAAGUCUACAUUUUCAGCGACUUCAACGUUUUGUUCACAUCAUUGACAUAUCGUCCCAUAGCCAAUGAAUAUAUCAUCCAUUUCUCUGGAAAACCAACCGUUGAGCAUGUUCCAACCGUGCCUCUGUCUAUCCCUACUUUCAAAUUCACCUUCAUGAAGGCAAGUGAGAUGAAAGCCAACUACAAGAAGACCACUGUACUCUCAGAUAUUGUUGGCCAGCUAAUGGACUCCACUGAUAGAAUGUUUUCUUGCAAAGGUGGACGGAAAUCCACUCGGAAGGUUAUUAGAAUGAAGCUCAUUGAGGGUGAUGAGGUCAAAGUUGUCUUGUGGGGAAGACUUCUACCAAAGUUGGAAUCCAUUGUGAAUGUUGCAGGAGAAUCAACAGUUGUCCUGGUCAUUUCUUCCAUAUACGUAACAGAAUUCAACGGAGAAUAUUCCUUCUCCUCCUCGGUAUCCACUGUUUUGUUACCCUAUAUUGAUAUUCCUGAAGUCAAAGCUUGCCAUGCAGGGAUUGGUCCUAACAACCCACCUGUUUUGGUGGAGGCACCACCACCACCUGAAAUCCCAGUUGCUACCAUGCCACAACUUCAGGAAUUAAGCAUGGAUUUUAAAAAUGAGGGUAAUGUUUACUCUGUUGAAUGCAAAGUGGUGGAUGUCCAUCCUAUUUGGUGCUACAUGGGUUGCCCUACUUGUGUGAAAAAAUUUCCUGAUGGUCGAGAUGCCUUCUAUUGCAACAAAUGCAAGAGAACUACAAACAUUAAGGCUGCCAAGCCUAAUACUAUUAGGUACCGACUCCGUCUUCGUGUUCAGAGUGAAUCCAUCUCAGCAACUUUUGUGGUAUUUGAACAAGUUGCGGAACGCUUCUUCGGUGCAAGUGCUGACAACCUAUUCCAGCUAAAUGGUAAUCAAAUUGAUGUGCCACCUCAGCAAGUACUGAAGAUACUUGGUAACACCGUCAAAUUCCACGUCAAAUUCAAAAUCAACAUGUACAGUAGCACUCAGCCUGAUUUCAUAGUGGUCCAAAUUCCAGAAGACCCCGCUGCUGAUACAACUUCGGGAUUGCACAAAGAUAGCUCCUCCCAAUCUAUUAAUAGUGGCUUAGAGACUUCAGGGACAUCAUCUCAUCUGUCGGAUCUCAGCGAUGAAGUUCAGCAUGAUACACCCUCAAAUGCAACACCUUCUAAUGCCCUGACGCGAAAGCAGCCUAUGCUCCCAUAGAAGACUGCUUCUAUAAUGACCUCUCUUACCAAACUGUUAUGCUCAUCGUACUUUCGCAUUUCUACCAUUUCCAUCUAUCCCUGCAUCAGACAUUACAAUAUUUGCUUGAGUUUCCAAGACUAGGAACAUGGACGUUAUCUUUGUUUAGUACCAUUUUCAUAUCUACUCAAAUAGACUUGGAUAUAGGCCAUCCAAUAGUAGUAUUGUCAAGCUUUGAUGUGGAAAAGACACUGUUUGUGUGUUUCUUCCAUUAUAGCUUUGCUGUUUAAUGUAUAUCUUCCUUAUUUUCCUUCAUUAUCCGGAUAUAUUUGUGCAGGGGGUCUGUUUUGCAUUGAUUUUUUUUUUGGAGGGGUGGUCUCGAAUGAGAUCCGCCACUAAGCCCUUUGGUUGAGUCAUCUUCCAAAAAAAAUGGCAGCUUCCUUGGUUUGCUCUUACUCACCUGGCUGCCAUUAUUUAAGUCCUCUCUUGCUUACACCAAUAUUUUAAACAAUUUACUACCAUUUUCGGAUGCGUGUGAAACCCAUAUCUUUUGUCCUAGAAAUAAUAUUCACGUAUUAGCACAAAAGUUACUACUAACAAAAUUCUAAAUUACAUAUUAAAACCCGCUAAACUACUACAGAUUAUUAGAGAGGGUAUGAGAUAUACAAACCCACUGCCACACUACCUAAUAGGGGUGACAAUCGGUUUCCCGGUUACCGGUUUAACCGAUAACCGUACCAAUAAUCGGGAUGUAUCGGUAUUCGGCAGCGUAUUGAAGCAUUUCGGUAUACCGGCGGUUUACCGGUAUACCGAUACCGGCGUCGAGGGGUGGAGUGGAGAGACAAAAACCCUAAACAAAUCAAUAGAUCCAACCACCCUUCUCCCUGUCUGACAGCCUCCCUUCGCUCGACUUCCUCCCCAACCCUUCUCCCUGUCCAACGCCGACGCCGCCUCCACCUCUCCAUGACCUCGCCUUCCCUCUCCGAACCCGGCUCCCUCUCCACACUCUGCCUUCAUUCGACCCAAUUCGUGACCUCGCCUUCCAAGGAUGCGUCGCAGUCGAUUCGUUGUCGAAGAGCUGAAGCAGAGGGUCGAUCUUUCCAUAUCUGAGCACGUGGACUGCAGAAGGACACCUCGAUCUUUCCAGAUCUGGUGGGAGCAGCAGGAGCGAAGGGAGGGCUACGACGAGAUCCUGGAGGGAUGGUUGUCGCCUCACUCAUCUCCUCUUUCUCCUUGCCGCCGCUUAUUCGGCACAAAUCGUACAAAAUUGAUAUUUGGAUCGAUUUGUACCGGUUCCAAUAUAUUUUGAUUCAAUUU